CCGGUGAAGCAACAAAUGGAGAGGAAAGCUGACAGGUCAUCAGUCUUGAACAACAUGGCGACCUCGAUGUUAUGGAGGAAAGCUAAACUUCUCCUUUCGGCGAGGACUUCAUUUCACACGUCAUGGAUCCACAGCUCGGCCGCUCUUCUUCAGCAGUCUGGCUCCCCUCCUCUUUCCCAGUCAGCGUUCUUCCCGCCGAUUGAAUGCGUCAUGCUGCCGACAGGAAGCUUCAAGGACCGGGUGGCAUUCAUCACGGGGGGAGGGACUGGCCUGGGCCGGGCCAUGACCACCACGCUGUCUCAACUGGGAGCCCAGUGUGUCAUCGCCAGCAGGAAGUUGGAGGUUCUGCAGAAAACAGCCGAGGAGAUCAGCUGCCAGACCGGAAACAAGGUCCAUGCGGUCCAGUGUGACGUCAGAGAUCCAGAAGCCGUCUCUUUUUGUGUCGACCAGGUUGAGUCUCUAACUGGACUUCCUGAUGUGAUCAUCAACAACGCGGCAGGAAACUUUGUCUGUCCAUCUGAACAAUUGUCCCCAAACGCCUGGAAAAGCAUUACAGACAUUGUCCUCAACGGGACCGCCUACAUCACCCUGGAGCUGGGCAAGAGACUGAUCCGGAGUCAGAGAGGUGCGUCUUUCCUCGCCAUAACCACCAUCUACGCUGAGUCAGGUUCUGGGUUUGUGGUCCCGAGUGCGUCAGCAAAGGCUGGGGUGGAGGCGCUCUACAAAUCUCUGGCUGCGGAGUGGGGGCGCUAUGGUCACAGGUUUAACAUAAUCCAGCCUGGACCAAUUAGAACCAAGGGAGCCUUCAGCCGUCUGGACCCAACUGGAGAGUUUGAGAAGGCGAUGAUCGGUCGAAUCCCAACCGGUCGACUCGGGACCCCAACGGAGGUCUCAAACCUGGCAGCGUACAUAAGCAGCGACUACGCUACCUGGAUGUCUGGAGCGCUGACUCCAGAUGAGUGGAAGGUCAUCGGGAUGAUGACUAGAAGCGCAAAAGGCUCCUAGAGCAUUCCAAAGCUCCUCCAAGGGCCACAGCCACCAAUCAGAAGAUGUCGUUCUGGUGGACCCGCCCACCUGCUGAUGUCAUCAUGAUGAGAGAAGAUUAUGUCUUGUUACUAAAAGACUAUUAACAGAAACACGUUUAGUCAUGUGACUCGCAGCACACGAUCCCUGUGAAUUUACAUGUGUUUGUCAGUUUGAUAAUAAAAUACUGAAGUUUAACCACAA